AUGGCUUCAUCAUCAGCAAAGGGCAAGGCGCCAGCUAACGGCAAUGCGACGACCGUGCCAUACGAACUGCCCUGGGUGGAGAAGUACCGGCCACAAGUGCUAGACGACAUCGUCGGAAACGCGGAGACUAUCGACCGUCUGAAAGUCAUAGCCAAGGAUGGCAACUGCCCACAUAUCAUCAUCUCGGGCAUGCCAGGUAUCGGGAAAACGACAAGCAUACAUUGCUUAUCACAUCAACUACUGGGGGAUGCAUAUAAGGAGGGUGUGCUUGAACUGAACGCGUCCGACGAGCGAGGUAUUGACGUCGUACGCAACAAAAUCAAAGCCUUCGCGCAGAAGAAGGUGACGCUUCCUCCCGGGAGGCAUAAGAUCGUCAUACUCGAUGAGGCGGAUAGUAUGACACCAGGGGCACAGCAGGCCCUCCGCCGCACGAUGGAAAUCUAUGCAAAUACAACGCGUUUUGCACUAGCAUGUAACAUGUCGAACAAGAUCAUCGAGCCUAUACAAAGUCGUUGUGCUAUUCUCCGAUAUGCUAAACUGCGCGACACGGAGAUCCUCAAGCGGCUAUUGGAAAUCUGUGAGAUGGAAAAGGUUCAAUACAACGAUGACGGUCUCACUGCGUUGAUUUUCACUUCAGAAGGCGACAUGCGACAGGCCAUAAACAACCUGCAGUCGACACACUCUGGUUUCGGCUUCAUCUCAGGGGACAACGUCUUCAAGGUCUGCGACCAGCCACAUCCCAUCAUUGUUCAGAGCAUCAUUCGUGCAUGCAUCAAGAGCGAUAUUAAUGGCGCAAUGGAGAAGCUCAACGAGCUAUGGGACCAAGGCUACAGUGCAGUGGACAUAGUCGUGACUGUUUUCCGGGUCGUAAAGACAAUUCCUGAGUACACAAAGCUUGAAUACAUCAAGGAAAUCGGAUGGACACACAUGCGCAUUCUAGAAGGUGUGGGUACCCUCAUACAACUGGGUGGGCUAAUGGCCCGUCUUUGCAAAAUGUAG